GUAACGGCAGCAGUAUGGCGAAGAUAUACUUACAUACAACCGCUCAGUGAGAACUGAUGUUAUAAAAGCAUUCACUGACACUUCAUGUCGUUCGCAGCCUCCCUAAAGUCUGCAGAGUCACCCCGCCGAUCUUGAAGGACUGACAUUUAAUCACUAACUGGCAUUCAGCAUAUGUUCGCGCUAUGGCAUCUACGAGCACAAGCAUGCGUAACUCCGAGAAGAACACCAAAUUGACUCGCGUCGAGGAGUCAAAGGCACCUACUCGUUCACGUAGCCCUACCGAGCAAUCCCCCGUCUUAACGGACAAUGCGCCUGACGGGGGUACGAAAGCUUGGCUGCAAGUCCUUGGUGCUUUCUUUAUCCUCUUUAACUCAUGGGGUAUAUUCAACUCAUAUGGCGCAUUCCAGACUUUCUACGAACAAGACUUGCUCAACUCCAGCUCGAUCUCUGCCAUCAGCUGGAUAGGCUCCAUACAAGGCUUUCUACUCCUACUGGUCGGCUCUUUAACGGGGCCGAUAUAUGACAAGGGCCACUUCCGGGUGCUCAUGAUCGUCGGCACAUUCCUAAUGGUGUUUAGUCUGAUGAUGACUAGCCUCUCCACAAAAUACUACGAGAUAUUCCUUUCUUUGGGCGUCGUGUUCGGCCUCGGAAGCGGAUGCGUCUUCGUCCCUGGCGUCGCUAUCGUGUCAACAUACUUCAACAAAAGGCGCGGACUGGCCGUAGGCAUCACCACGUCCGGAAGCUCCAUCGGCACCGUCGUCUAUCUCAGCGUCUUCCACCAGCUCCAGCCGAAAAUCGGUUUCCCCUGGACGGUGCGCGUCAUGGGCUUCAUUUGCCUCGCAACCUCAGCGAUCUCCAUCGCUGUCAUGCAGCGCCGCAUCGCGCCGCCCACCCGCCGAAGUCUCUUUGACUCACGCGCUUUCACUGAGCUGCCCUUCACACUCUUCUGUAUCGGGAACGCGCUCUCCUUCAUGGGCACGUAUAUCCCCUUCUUCGAAGCUCCCACAUUCGCGACAGCGCGCACGUCCGCAGGAUCGACUCUGUCGUUCUACUUCCUCGCCAUACUCAGCGCGUCGUCAACUAUCGGACGGCUGCUCCCGAACUUCCUCGCAGACCGCACGGGCCCAUUGACGAUGCUCGUGGUCUGCGCGACCAUCACAGGAGUGAUUGCGCUCUCGUGGAUGGCGGUGCAUACCGUAGGGGGCUUCGUGGCCUUCUGCGUAUUGUACGGCCUGUUCUCCGGCUCGCUAGUGAGCCUCCCACCCGCGGCGAUCGCGAGUCUCACGGACGACCAUACGAGGCUGGGUACAAGGCUGGGCAUGGCGUUCAUGCUUGCUGGGUUUGGGCUGCUCAUUGGGAAUCCCGUAGCGGGUGUUCUGGUGGAUCUGCGGACGGGGGAAUUUUGGAAGGCAAUUGUGUUCAAUGGCGUGACUGUUCUAGGGGCGGGGGCGCUCAUGCUCGCGGCUCGUGUUGCAAAGGCAGGCUGGUCACCGAGGAAGAAAGUUUAGGAUCUGCGGCUUUAAUUCACGGAAGCAAAUAGAAGUACCAUGUAUUUUGUAUGCUACCGGGACUGUGACUCAAAUCGGAUUCUGGAACCCGUA